AAACCUAACGGCGCGGAAAUGACGUCACGCAGGCGGCCCUGCCGCGCGGUGUCUGCUGGGUGCCGCACGCCUUCCCUUCCUUCUCCUCUCCCCUCCCCCAUCCCUCCCCGCCCCCUCGGCCGCUCAGCUCCCUGGCGUGACUCGGCACUGAGAGUCCCGGGAGAAGACGCCGUGGUCGCCACCUCUUCUGUCCAGGCCUCGGCCUUCCUGAGCGUCUCUCCUUCCUCUCCCAGAUCGUCUUCUCCUUCAGUUUCGAAGCCAGUGGCGUCGCGGCCACCCUGCCGUGCUGUCUGUGAGGAUGGUGGGGGUGAAGCCCGUCGGGAGCGACCCGGAUUUCCAGCCAGAGCUGAGCGGCGCGGGCUCCAGACUCGCCGUGGUCAAGUUCACCAUGAGAGGGUGUGGGCCAUGUUUGAGGAUUGCCCCAGCAUUCAGUUCUAUGAGUAAUAAAUAUCCACAGGCUGUUUUCUUGGAAGUCGAUGUACAUCAGUGUCAGGGAACAGCUGCCACCAACAAUAUAUCAGCAACACCUACAUUUUUGUUUUUUCGAAACAAAGUGAGAAUUGAUCAAUAUCAAGGAGCAGAUGCUGUGGGAUUAGAAGAAAAAAUCAAGCAGCACUUAGAAAAUGACCCUGGAAGCAAUGAGGACACAGAUAUUCCAAAAGGCUAUAUGGAUUUAAUGCCUUUUAUUAACAAAGCUGGUUGUGAAUGUCUUAAUGAAAGUGAUGAGCAUGGAUUUGACAACUGUUUACGAAAAGACACGACCUUCUUGGAAUCUGACUGUGAUGAACAGCUACUUAUUACUGUGGCAUUCAAUCAACCUGUUAAGCUUUAUUCCAUGAAAUUUCAAGGGCCAGAUAAUGGUCAGGGCCCUAAAUAUGUAAAAAUUUUUAUCAACCUACCCCGAUCUAUGGAUUUUGAAGAGGCAGAAAGAAGUGAACCAACUCAAGCUCUGGAACUGACAGAGGAUGAUAUUAAAGAAGAUGGCAUUGUUCCACUUCGUUAUGUUAAGUUUCAGAAUGUUAACAGUGUAACUAUAUUUGUUCAAUCGAAUCAAGGUGAAGAGGAAACAACAAGAAUUUCAUAUUUUACUUUUAUUGGUACUCCAGUCCAGGCAACAAAUAUGAAUGACUUCAAACGAGUAGUUGGCAAAAAAGGAGAAAGCCACUAAGGUACAAAAGACCCUGGACAACCAUAUUGCAAUCAGAUCUACAGCUCCUGGAUAAUUGCUUGAUUCUCGCCAGAGACUGUCAAUGUUUCAUUCAUUGCCAUUACCAAUAAAUCAUUGCUUUUGUUCAGAUGGUAUCACUAGUGUUUCCAUUGUAAUCUUGACACAUGCAAUUGUAAAUAAAAGUCACUACUUUUGCCAAGCUUAA